UAGAGGGACACAAUUUCCAAAUUGGCUAGAUGAUCAUUCGUUUCUUAAGCUGCUAGUACAAUUGUCUCUUCGCAACUGCAAGGACUGUUUUUCCUUGCCAGCACUCGGACAACUUCCUUGUUUGAAAUUCCUUUCCAUUAGAGAGAUGCAUUCGAUAACAGAGAUAACGGAGGAAUUCUAUGGUAUUGUGUCCUCCAGAAAGCCUUUUAACUCUCUUGAGGAGCUUAAAUUUGCAGAGAUGCCUGAGUGGAAGCAGUGGCACGUACUAGGGAAUGGAGAGUUUCCUGCACUUCGGGACCUUUCCAUUGAAGAUUGCCCCAAGUUGAUGGGGAAGUUGCCUGAAAAUCUUUGUUCUCUGACAAAAUUGAGAAUUUCAAGAUGUCCUGAACUCAAUUUGGAGACACCCAUCCAACUUUCAAGUCUAAAAAGGUUUCAAGUUGAUGGUUCUCUUAAGGCUGGAGUUGUUUUUGAUGAAGCUGAACUGUUUAUCUCCCAACUUGAGGGAAUGAAGCAGAUUGAGGAAUUAGAUAUUAGUGAUUGCAACUCUCUUACCUCCUUGCCUACUAGCACUCUGCCGAGUACCUUGAAGACAAUAAGGAUAUGUCAUUGCCGGAAAUUGAAAUUGGAGACUUCAGUUGGUGAGAUGAAUUCUAACAUGUUUCUGGAGGAAUUGAGACUGGUUGAAUGUGAUUCUGUAUCAUCACCUGAGUUGGUCCCAAGAGCACGCAAUUUGUGGAUAGAGAGUUGCCAAAACCUUACUAGGUUUUUGAUUCCUAAUGGGACUGAAAGAGUCGAUAUUUGGUUUUGUGAGAAUCUUGAAGUACUACUUUCGGUGGCAUGUCGGACCCAGAUGACGUCAUUGUGUAUUUCGGGAUGCAAAAAGCUGAAGCGGCUGCCAGAAGGCAUGCGGGAACUCCUUCCCUCUCUUAAUAAACUGCGACUGUAUUUUUGUCCAGAAAUAGAGUCCUUUCCUUAUGGAGGAUUGCCCUUCAAUUUACAAAUCCUUGAGAUCGUGUCUUGCGAGAAACUGGUGAACGGCCGAAAGGAGUGGCGUCUGCAAAGACUCCAUUCUCUCAGAGUGUUACACAUCUCCCACAAUGGCAGUGAAGAAGAGAUUGUUGGUGGUGAGAAUUGGGAGUUGCCUUGCUCUAUUCGAAGUCUUGGCAUACGCAAUCUGAAAACAUUAAGCAGCCAAGUUCUGAAAAGCCUCACCUCUCUUGAAUGUCUAUAUACUGAAGAUUUACCUCAAAUUCAGUCACUACUGGAACAAGGGCUUCCCUCCUCUCUUUCUGAGCUACGUUUGAGAGACCAUGAUGAGCUCCAUUCACUACCGACUGAAGGUCUUGGGCACCUCACUUCGCUUCAAAGUCUAAAGAUCAGUAAUUGCUAUCAACUCCAAUCUUCUGCAGAAUCAGUGCUGCCCUCCUCCCUCUCUAAGUUGACCAUCAACAAUUGCCCUAUUCUCCAAUCACUUCCCGAAUCAGGGUUUCCCUCCUCCCUCUCUGAGCUGACCAUCUGGAAUUGCCCUAAUCUCCAAUCCCUUCCAGUAAAAGGGAUGCCCUCUUCCCUCUCUAAACUAUCUAUUCGCGAAUGCCCAUUUGUCAAACCACAACUAGAAUUUGACAAGGGGGAGUACUGGACAGAAAUUGCUCACAUCUCCACCAUAGAGAUUGAUGACGACUACCUUUGAUGAUUUAAACCGAAUGGUGCUCUCACAAAUUGUGAAUUUUCUAUUGCUCAAACCACAUCUAGAAUUCGAUAAGGGGGUAUGCUAGCCGAAAAUUGCUCAUAAAUAUUGAUUGGGAGUAUUUGUAAUGAUUAAAACGAGUGGUGCUCCAAUAUAUUGUGUAGCAUCUAUUGCAGCUGUGAAGCCGAGGAGGCAUCUUCAGAUCAAGAUAAAAUAUUUAUAUUUGCACUGAAACAUUCAAAAAGAAAUCUAGUUCAGACGAAAAUACGAUUCGCCAUCAUAAAAGCUCUUCCGCUUUGUUCUGCAUUUUUUCGUUUCUUCCAGGAAAUACAAGCUCACUUUCUCAAUCAGGAAGCCAA